AUAGCAAACCCGGUUGGACCGACCGUACCGUCCGUGAGCCAAAACAAAAUUUCCGGUUCAGUACCGAAUUGCAAAGUCUUUGUCUGCAAAAUGUCUCUGCGGAAGCCUCAGACCCCUCGCCUUCUUCUCCAAAACGUCUCUUGUAUGAGAAACGCGCAGCAGAUUCUAAGACACGUGAACGUAUCUCUCCACGACGGUGGCGCACUUGUCUUAACCGGAACCAACGGAUCCGGCAAAUCAACCUUCUUGAGAAUGUUGGCCGGAUUCUCAAAGCCCUCCGCGGGAGAGAUCCUCUGGAACGGUCACGACAUCACCAAGUCAGGGAUCUUCCAGCAGUACAAACUCCAGCUCAACUGGAUCUCUCUGAAAGACGCCAUCAAGGAGAGGUUCACUGUACUCGACAAUGUCCAGUGGUUCGAGCUCCUGGAGAACAAAAUCGGCAAGGCUCAACCGGCGUUGGAGCUUAUGGGUUUAGGGAGGCUGGUGAAGGAGAAGUCGAGGAUGUUGUCGAUGGGUCAGAGGAAAAGGCUGCAGCUUGCGAGGCUGCUCGCUAUCGAUAGACCGAUUUGGCUUUUGGACGAACCGUCUGUUGCCUUGGAUGACGAAGGAGUUAGGUUGCUUGAGUAUGUUAUUGCGGAGCAUAGGAAGAAAGGAGGGAUUGUGAUUGUUGCGACUCAUCUUCCCAUUGAGAUUGAAGAUGCUACGAUCUUGAGGCUUCCUCCUAGGUUCCCGAGGAAAAUGACUUUGAUUGAUAUGCUUGAUCGUGCAGACAUUUCUUAGUGGAAUAGAAUCAAAGAGAUUAGGUUUGGUAUUGUUUUAUUUUGUACUUGUGUAAUGGAAUGUUUAGUGGUUAUUGUCAAGCAAAUUUAGUUAAAGUAUUUG